UGCACCUGAACAGGUUCAUUCCCGGUACCAGUGCUAGCGACGUCAACUAUCAGGCGUUUCUCCUGGAGGGGCUCUACAGGUGGAACCAGGACAGGGCUUCUCAGGCCGUGGAAGUGGAGGCUCCGCUGUGUCACACAUACAGCGGACUUCUACGCCACGCUGUCAAACACUUGGCACAGACUGUCUUGGGGAACCCUUUAGACCCCACCUUCCGUCAGCCCAGGGCCUACACGGGGGAGCUGAUCGGAGUCGAGUACUUGUACUCCCAGACAGGCAAGUCACUUCAGGUCGUUCCCGAGGAAGUGCGAGAGGAAGACCCCACACCCGAGGAGGAGGACCAGGACCACGACGAGGGAUUUGAGGAGGAAGAGGCAGAGGACGACCCCACCCUUCCCGAUGUCGACGUCCAGGGUGUAGCUGUGAGGCCGACCGGGAAGCCCUUGGCCAGCGCCGACCGACCACCAUCCAGCACUGCAAGGCCCCCAUCCAGCCCUAGGGUUGUCAGGCAACGCAGUGCUGACAGGUCACCGGCCCGUGCCGAAGGGUCUACCGAGAGGCCGACACCCGCUGUCACCCUGGAGACCCCGCCGCCCACCCAGGAUCCACCAGCCCAGGAACCACCGACCCAGGACCCACCAGCCCAGGAAGACGAGACAGAAGAGGAACAGAUGCCGGAUCCCGCGUCUGGUAUGCGGCAAGUGCACGCCCUGGCUGACUUCUUGUUGCAGCUCAGGGAGUGCAGGACCUUGACCCGGACCCAGCAGGAACAGCUGAUCUCCUUGUGGGAGAAGCUGCAGCCCCGGGACCAGAGGCCAGCUGUUUUCCAGGCCAGACCCAAGUCUUCUCCACCCAAAGGAAGGUUUAUGUCUUCAAAGACGGCCAAAUCUCCCCCCAAAGCCGGUGUUGAGAAGACUAAGCGGUCCUUCGUGGGAACAGGAAGUGGGCCAGCCAGCUAUCCAGAUACCAACCGGUACAUGGAGAUGCUGGUGAGGAGGCUGAUGGAGGUUCACACCGGCCCAGUCAAGCGAGCCAACCAACAGACCCUGUCCAGAUGGAGCCUCAUCCUGACUUCCUACAACAGGAUCAGGGAGGUUGUGACGGAGGACCCCAGAGUGUCAGCGUUGACCAGCAUUCAACUGCUGCCCCUCAACCAGACAACUCUGAUACUCUGGGACAACAGAAGACAGAAGAAGAAGGAGGAACGGGUGCUGUCACAGGGAAUUGAGAUCUCUGAUCCCCCUAUGACAGCCCCUCAGCCCCUCCCCGCCGCCUUGACGAAGCCCGCCACCCUUGUGACCUCCAGUGCCCCGGCCCACAGAUACCGACUCCCACCCAACACAGCCGGCCAGUCCCGCGUCCGGAUCAGGUCCCUGCCCAGGAUGAACUCGCCCCCUAGGAUUGCUGCCCCUCCCAGGAUCAUGCCCCAGCCAGUUCUGCCACCUGCCCCAGUCCCGGUACGAUACGUGAUCGCCCUGCCCCCCCCCCCCCCCCCAGGUGCCAAGGACUCAGCCCACCUACCAGCAGCCUGAGUUCCCACC